UUGCCCACCGCCGGUCGCCGACAGCGCCGCGCGCGGCCCCACCUCGCAACCUGUCAUAAUCUAGCAUGGCCUAAUAUUGUUCAUAACUCGACAAUACAAACAAUAACAUUUGAUAAUAAAUUUGGACAUAUCAAAGUCAUUAUAAUAUGAUUUAAUGAUACGUGAUUUACUAUUUAUACGUUAGUAUGAAAAUUAUAAAUUUUGUUUCGAAAUUAGGGCACGAAUCUAAGCAAAGGUGUAUAUCGAUUGCCUUAUCCACUAUAAGGAAAAUUAAUUCGUCUUAUAAAAAAAUAUAUAUUUGAAAGCAGAUUUGAGAUACCUAGCCAAAAAUGUCUUCCAAUGCCACCAGCAAAUAGCAAAAGUAUGAAGAAGCAGAUUAUAAAAUCGCAGAUAGUCAUAUAACUGUGCUCAUGGUCUAAUACCAGAGAUCAUGCAAGAUACAGUAAUGUUCUUAAUUCGUCGUUAUUCUUCCGCAAAGUCGCUUCCUUCUUUCUGAUAUAUUUAAAGAAAAGCGCUCGAAUACCAAGUGCCUCUAUUUGAUAUAACCAAUAAAACAGUCCAUAUUUUAGGAAUCUAUUACUAUCAUAUCUAGCGAAUACCUUGUUAACUGCCUUAAAUAUAUACAAGUAGUGGGAAGUUUAAGUAUACGGCAGUAUUAAAGUGCUAAGCAAAGAUGUCGCACGGGGGUGUGAAGAGCGCAAAGAAUGGUAACAGUACGCAACUCGUCGAGACGUCGAGGGAGGGUUCAGAGAGCCUGCCACCCCCGCCAGACGGAGGGUGGGGCUGGAUGAUAGUCUUCGCAUCCUUUAUGAUUCAUGUAGUCACCGAUGGCAUGACCUAUUCGUUCGGUGUCUUCUAUGCUGAAUUCCUGACCUACUUCAACGAAGGUAAAGGCAAGACUGCGUGGAUCGUAUCCAUCCUCGUCGGGGUUACGCUAAGUUCAGGUCCAGUGUCGAGUUCAUUUGUGAAUCGUUGGGGAUGUCGGUCGGUGACGGUGGCGGGCGCUCUACUCUCUGCCAUCUGUGUAACAAUAUCAGCGUUUGCAAACAACGUUACAACCCUCAUUUUCACAAUUGGUCUUGGGUCCGGUAUGGGCUUUGGUCUCAUCUACCUCCCAGCUAUUGUCAGCGUCACUGUGUGGUUUGAACGCUACAGAAGUCUUGCUACAGGAAUAGCGGUAUGUGGAUCUGGAUUGGGAACUUUUUUGUUUGCUCCUAUAACUUCAGCACUUAUUGAUUAUUAUGGAUGGCGAGGUGCAAUGGCGAUUAUUGGAGCUUUCAUACUUAAUUGUAUUCCGUUAGGACUCAUAUUUAAACCAGUACCUGAACGUCCAAGAACGCCUGUUACUGAACCGAUGUUACCAAAGACAAACAAAUCGCCACUAAAAAGAUCCCAAAGUACUGAACAAAUUGCUCGUGCCAAUGGAAAAUUUGAAGAUGAUGUAACAAGACUGACCCUCUCCCAACCUGCUUUAAAUAAACCACAAGAACAAAAACAUCGUCUUCAUUCACGUCAUGGAAGCGGUAUUAUGGAGCGGCCCGAUGUUUUGUACCAAGGAAGUAUGGCUAGCUUAGCAAAAUUCAGAGGGACAUCACCAGACAGAGUACAAAUUUCAAUCAAAAAAGAAGAACGAAAACAGAAAUGUGAAUGGUUGCCAUGUUCUGAGGAAUCAAAGGCAGCAUUAGCAAAAAUGCUUGAUAUGUCUCUCCUCGUUGAUCCUAUAUUUAUUCUUUUCUCAGUGUCCAAUUUUUUGACUAGUAUAGGAUUUUAUAUACCGUAUGUCUAUACAGUGCCUAUGAGCGAAAAACUGGGUGUGACGAACCCUGCAUAUUUAAUAUCAAUUAUUGGAGCAUCUAAUUUAGUGGGAAGGAUCAUUCUAGGUUACAUUAGUGAUAAGCCUUGGGUAAAUCGUUUGCUAGCCUAUAAUCUCUGCCUUACUAUUGCCGGAAUAAGUACUGCAAUGGCAAUGGCCUGUUGGGAAUUUUGGGGACUCGCUCUUUAUGCAACAACCUUUGGUUUCACAAUUGGUGCUUAUGUGGGGUUAACGUCUGUUGUAUUAGUUGAUCUCCUUGGUAUAGAAAGAUUGACUAAUGCGUUUGGUCUUCUUUUACUUUUCCAAGGAAUUGCAUCACUUAUUGGACCACCUUUUGCAGGUUGGUUGUAUGACUCGCUGCAGUCCUACGCGCCAGGGUUCUACGUAGCCGGAGGUACGAUAUCUCUCAGUGGUCUCAUCCUUUUCUUCAUCCCUAUGUUAGAAAAGAGAGUUAACUAUCGGAAUACGAUGUUAGAACAAAUUUAGCAGGAUGCAUUCAGAGGGAUGAGAUGCAACUAUCCAGUGAUAGUUCUCAACAGUCCCUCUACGCCUUCUUCCACUAGAUCCACGGAGGAUACCUACAGUAACAAAGUAUGUACAACUAGAGUCGUAGAAGAAUACAUUUCUUACAAGUGCGAUGAAGAUAACCAAUGUGUACAUAAUGAUAGAGUAGAUGAAUGUGAUGUAAUUAAUAUACAUCGAGCUCAUUCCAAAGACAGUGUAAUAAGUGUGUGUGAUAAUUUUGAUUAAAACUAUGAAAGAAGAAAUAAUUAAUAGUCUUUAGACUAUAAAAAGUUAAGGCGUAAAGUUUUAAGAGAAACUCCAAAGAACUUCAACAAAUUUAUACACUUAAAGUGCUAUAUUUAAAUAGUAUAAUAGUUAUACAUAAAUUGUUUUUGUUUUAAAAUUAUUUCUGUUUUGUUUAUAAUGAUUAUUAAUUAUUAACACUAUAAUAUAAGAAAUACGUAUUAUUAUAAGUAACUACUUCUAGAGUUACCACAAACUUAUCAUAUCAUGUGUUAGUCAUCAGAUAUAAACAUAAGUUAUAUAUAUACAGUCAGUCAGUCAGUUAUAUAUAUACUUUAUAUAAUAAAAAAGUAAUAUGAUACGUUCCUUUAAAUAAAUUGAGCAACAAUGCACUUUACGAAUAUAUAAUGCAAUAAUUAGGUGACACUAAUCUAAAUACAUACAUAAUAAAACUGUUUUACAAAUGAAUACGAGUAUAAGUACUUUAUUGCAAAUAAUAACGCAUAAGGGCCUUAAUGCGGACCAAAUGUGGAUAGAAAUAGAAUAAUAAUGAAAUUCAAAUAAUUGAUUUUGAUUUGUGAAAUUAUGUCGCUAGUCGUUUAAUAUUUGAAUUUAAAUAAUUCAUUCAUAAGUUCUUCAAUUAUACGUUUCAUAUCAUUACGUUUUUUCACCAUAAUUUUUAUGUGAUAUUAUUAUUUAAAAAAAUUGGACCUUCACUUCGCAUUGUGUAUACAACAUUAGACUGACUUAUUAUAUGCAAUCAAUAUUAUAUUUUUUACAGAGCAUAGCGUUUCUUCGUACAAAUUUUCAAGUGUAAUAAUAACGUUAUUGAAUGUUAACACGACUUUGAUUAUUAUUAUUAUAAUUAUUACAGCAAUUUAAAA